AUGCAGCUCCGCCAGGCCGCCGUGGCGGUAAUAUUUCUACUCUUCUCAGCCACUGCUGCUGCUCACAAUAUCACUCGCAUUCUAGCCAAGUUCCCGGAGUUCUCAACAUUCAACCACUACUUAACCGAGACACAUCUGGCGGAGGAUAUUAACAACCGGGAAACAAUCACCGUGUGUGCGGUGGACAAUACCGGAAUGUCUGAUCUACUAGCAAAACACCUCCCCAUCAGCGGCAUCAAGAACGUGUUGUCGCUUCACGUACUCCUUGACUACUUCGACGCCAAGAAGCUACACCAGAUCACCAAUGGCACUGCACUAGCCGCCACUAUGUACCAAGCCACCGGUUCCGCCUCCGGAUCCUCCGGCUUCGUCAACAUUACAGAUAUGAAGGGAGGAAAGGUUGGCUUCUCCCCUAAGGACAACAGCGACGUCAUUCACGCUACCUUCGUCAAAUCCCUCGACGAAAUCCCCUAUAACAUCUCUGUCAUUCAGAUCUCUAACAUAUUACCUUCUUCCGAUGCCGAGGCGCCUACACCAGCCCCCAGCCAGCAAAAUAUCACAGCUAUAAUGUCUUCUCACGGCUGCAAAGUUUUCGCCGAAACUCUCCUCGCUAAUCCUGCUGAAAAGACAUAUGAGGACGCUGUGGAUGGUGGAUUAACCAUUUUCUGCCCUGGAGAUGAUGCCAUGAAGAAUUUUUUACCCAAAUAUAAGAAUCUAACUGCUGCAGGAAAGCAAGCUUUACUAGAAUUUCACGGAAUGCCGAUUUAUCAGUCACUAUCAGGUUUAAAAUCGAGUAACGGCAUCACGAACACAUUGGCCACUGAUGGCGCGAAUAAGUAUGAUUUCACCGUACAGAAUGAUGGUGCUGAAGUAACAUUGAAGACGAAGCUCAUUACGGCAAAAAUCAUCGAUACUAUAAUCGACGAGCAACCAUUGGCCAUUUUUUCGCUGAAUAAGGUGUUGUUGCCGGAGGAAUUGUUCAAGUUAGCUCCUACGCCUGCACCGGCACCAGCUCCUGAGGCUGAUGCUGACUCUCCGGCCCCUUCCAAGAAAAAGCACAGGUCUCCGCCAGCGCCGGCUGUUCCAUCUGACUCACCGGCUGAUGCACCCGACGGGGAUGCAGCGGAUCAGACUGCGGACAAUAACAGAGCCGUUGGAUACAAUGGGGGAAGAUUUGUGGUUGUAAUUUUCGCUCUCUGGUUUGUAUUUUGA